AUGCCGCCAAAAGCCAAAGCAAACGGCAAGAAGAGCAACGGCAGUGCUGGAACGCUGUUUCAGUACAUGAGGCGAACGUCCAAUGGCGAUACCAAAGCGACACCAGCAAUCAACGAUAGGCGGGGUAGUCACUCCAGCCCCUCUCGGCAAGCGAACGGCAAGUCCAAAACUGCGCCGACGGAAGGAACGGAGGAUGACCCACUCGUAAUCAGUGAUGACGAGGCGCCCAGGAAGAAGAGGAAGGUCUCGCCUUCACCACCUAAAGCGAAUGGACAGGCCACCGGUGCUGCAAAGGACGACAGCAGCGAUGAGGAGAUUGAAUUCAUCUUGCCACCGGAGGAGAAGGAAGACAAGCCUAACCACUCAACCAGGGAGGGAGACGACAUAGUGGAAGUCACCUCAUGCUGGAUUUGUGGCAAGUCUCUGUCGGGCAUGGACGAGGCUGCUACGCAAGUGCACGUCAACGCGUGCCUCGACUCCGCUUCUGCCGAAGCAGGCCCAUCGAAGCCACGCUCGAAGCCCGAGAUCAACUCGAAGGCAUCUUCCUCGAAUGCCUCUCCUGCGCCAGCUCCGAAACCGCAACCCGUGACAUCUUUUGCGUCGAGUAUUCGCCCUGAGUCGCCGCCGCCACUGGAGCCGGCGCCAGUGAAGGGCGCAAAUGCGUUCUCGAAGCUGAUGAACCGCAACAAGGAGACGGACAUGUGGAAGGAAGCGAGCAAGGACGAGAAGCGUGAUGCGAACCGGCGCAACGGACCGAGGAAGGCGCCGUUCUACAAGGUAGCUUUCUAA